UUUCCUAUAAUCUGCCACCACCCAAAAGCUGGUCCUUCACAACAACAUAGAAUCCCUUCUUCUCCUUCAACCCCUCUCUUAGGACUAUUUUUUCUUCUUUGUUGACAGAACCAAAGCCAUGGGAGUUCUUGACUAUAUUUCAGAAUUUUUCUCAGUAGCACCUUCCACCGGAAAGAAACGCAAGCCAAUGCAGACUGUAGAAAUCAAAGUGAAAAUGGACUGUGAUGGCUGUGAAAGAAGAGUUAGAAACUCUGUCGCCCACAUGAAAGGUGUGAAGCAAGUGGAAGUGAACAGAAAGCAAAGCAAGAUAACAGUAACAGGUUAUGUGGAGAGAAAGAGGGUGUUAAAGAAGGUUCAGAGCACAGGAAAAAGAGCAGAUUUUUGGCCCUACAUUCCUUACAACUUGGUGGCUUACCCUUAUGUGGCACAGGCAUAUGACAAAAAGGCUCCAUCAGGUCAUGUGAAAAACUCUGCACAAGCACUACCUGCUCCAAACUCACUCGAUGAAAAACUUACCUCUCUCUUCAGUGAUGAAAACCCCAAUGCAUGCUCAAUCAUGUAAACCAUUUUCAACUUCAUAACAAUUUUGGAACAAAUGCUGUAAGAACUACAUUUGCAGAUGUAAAACAUGCCUAGGCACCAACUUUGUUAUUGUGAUAGAAGACUGUGAGAGGACUGUUUUUGUUAAUCACCACUUCUACUACUUCAUGGUUUCUUCUACAAACAAAAUUUGUCUUAUUUUGAUGUUUA